AUGAGUUAUGUUCAUCGAAGAGCUGGUCCAAGCGGUGAACCAAUGUUACAUUUCAUAAUGUGUCCUAGUAGAAAAGAAGCUGAAGAACAAGCUAGAAGAGCGAGUAAUCAUCAUCAAUCGCCCAUCCAUCAUAGUGCACAUGGCCCUGGUCAAUAUCCACACUAUCAUCCUGUUGAUGCAAAUGGAGAAAUAAAGAAGGACGGAACUCAUUAUGGAUAUUCACCAUGA